AUGCUACCCGUCUCUCUGAUCAUCGGCACUCUUCUUGUCAUCUGUCAGGGAUGCGCGCCGACCACGACGGUCAGCACGCCGACCGUCAACACGACUACGACGACGACAACGGCAGCGACGACGACGACGACCGCCGCCGCCUACGGUCAGUUUGCGCAAAAAUUGAGUAAAAGUCUAGAAAACCUUGCAAAGUGACAUUUUGAACUUUCCAAAGAACACUUUUCCUAUCUGUAACCCAAUCGCUUUCAGUGUGUUGCUCGUACCCGGUGUCCGCAAUCGGCGUCAACACCGCCAUUCCGACAGCGUUGAACUGGAACGGUUGCAACGGAACGAUCACAAUGAUCUGCAACUUCUCCAUCAUCAAUUCGACCAUAUACGGCGACGUGGCAGUGGCCGGCAACGACAAUGCCACCACCUUGUAUUCGGUGCUCGACACACAGUAUUUGGUAGGAAGGUGUUGAGAAGAAAAAGUGACGUUUUCAUUCAGGUAUCAACAAGCGCGACCGGCUCAAUUUCUGCACUUUUGACCUGUAACACAACUAGCGGGCUGUGGGGUACGAAUUUGACGAGUAGCAGCAAUUACUACUACUUCACGUGCGCCUAUCAACUAAGCAACGGCACUUGGUAUCGAGGAGUGUAA